UUUACACGACAUAACACAAACACAACUCAAACUAUUAGUUGCAGUUCAAAACUGGUAAUGUCUUCGACUCUGAGUUCUUCCACCACCAAAACACUUUUAGCUUCACUCCACCUCGAAUACGCCAAAUUCAGACCUUUUUCUAUUCUGGGUUCAUUUCAAUUUUCCACCACUACCUCAAAACCAGAAGACCAAAACGCCACAGUCAAAAACCACUCGCAAUUCUCCGAAUUGGAUAACAGCAUAUAUACAAUUUUAACUAUAGACCGUUGGGAAUCACUGAACCACAUGAAUUACAAGUUGGCUUCUUUGAGGCAAGUUCAUGGAAGGCUAGCUUUGAGAUUUCUCAACUUUUUUAUCAACCAACCUGGUUUGGAACACAAUCAUCUCACUCAUGUACUUUCAAUCACUACUCAUAUUCUUGUUAGAGCUAGAAUGUAUGACUCUGCUAAAUCAUUGUUGAGGCAAUUGUGUAAAUUGGGUGUAGGGUCAAGGUUUGUUUUUGGUGCUUUGAUGGAUACAUACUCUCUUUGCAAUUCAAACCCUUCAGUUUUUGAUCUAUUGAUCAGGGUUUAUUUGAAAGAUGGAAUGAUUGAUAAUGCUUUGGAGACUUUUAAUUUGAUGCGGUUUCGAGGAUUUAAGCCGUCGGUUUAUACUUGUAAUAUGAUGUUAGGUUCAAUGGUGAAGGAUGGGAGAGUUUGUUCAGUUUGGGAAUUUUUCAAGGAAUUGCUUGAUUUGAAGAUUUGUCCUAAUAUAGCUACUUUUAAUAUAUUGAUCAAUGUUUUGUGUGUCGAAGGGAAGCUCGAGAAAGCUGUUUAUUUGCUGAGAAAGAUGGAGAAUAGCGGUUAUGUUCCAACUAUAGUUACUUACAAUACUUUGCUACAUUGGUUUUGCAAGAAUGGGAGAUAUAAAUCAGCCUUUGAGCUGAUUGAUCGUAUGGGGUCUAAGGGUAUUGAAGCAGAUGUAUGUACAUAUAAUAUGCUUAUUGACGAUUUGUGUAGAAAUGAUAGAAGUGCAAAAGCUUACUUACUGUUAAAAAAGAUGAGAAAGAGAAGGAUAUCUCCCAAUGCUAUUACCUAUAACACUCUUAUUAAUGGAUUUGUUAAGGUGGGAAGUCUUGGGGUUGCUACUCGGAUUUUUGAUGAGAUGGCAUAUUUUAAUCUCUCUCCAAAUGUUGCUACUUACAAUGCGUUGAUUGAAGGGCAUUCGAAUGAGGGUAACUUUGAAGAAGCUUUAAGACUCAUGGAUAUGAUGGAAAAAGUGGGAUUACGGCUUAAUGAAGUCAGUUAUGGAGUGCUUUUAAAUGGGUUGUGCAAGCAUGGCAAAUUCGAUUUAGUGAGAAGGUUUUUUGAGAGAAUGAGGACAAAUGGGAUGGGUUUUGGAUGUAUACCAUACACUGAGAUGAUUGAUGGACUAUGCAAAAAGGGGUUGUUCGAUGAAGCUGUACAGAUGUUCCAUGAGAUGUUUGAGGAGGGUGUGGCUCCUGAUAUUAUCACCUUUUCUGUGCUUAUAAAUGGAUUUUACCAGGCUGGGAAUAUAAAAUGUGUAAAAGAAAUUAUAUGUAAAAUGUACAGAGCUGGAUUUAGACCUAACAAAGUUAUUUACUCCACAUUAAUCUACAACUCUUGUAAGAUGGGACUUGUCACGGAAGCGUUGAAAAUCUACAGAAUUAUGAAUUGCAGUGGUCAUGCUGCUGACCAUUUUACUUGUAACACGUUGGUUGCUUCUUUGUGUAGAGAUGGAAAAGUUAGAGAGGCUGAGGAAUUCAUGCGUCACAUGAGUCGGAUUGGUCCUAACCCUAACUCCAUCACAUUUGAUUGUGUUAUAAGUGGCUAUGGAAAUUUGGGUGAUGGGCUGAAAGCGUUUUCUUUGUUCGAUGAGAUGGUUAAAUUAGGUAAUACUCCCAGUUUUUUCACAUACAGCAGCCUACUAAAAGGACUAUGCAAGGGUGGAAAUCUGGUAGAAGCAAAGAAAUUUUUGAACAAGCUGCAUUACAUUCCUUCCGCUGUAGAUAACGUUGUCUACAACACUAUACUUGCUGGGACUUGCAAAUCGGGGAAUAUGUGGGAAUCAGUGGCCCUUUUCGAGGAGAUGGUUCUGUUUGGUGUUCUUCCUGAUAGUUAUACAUAUACCAUCCUUCUCAAUGGGUUAUGUAGAAAGGGAAAAGUUGCUGCUGCCCUUCUAUUUCUGGGGAAGCUGAUGGAUAAAGGAGUUUUUACUCCAAAUCAAGUUACGUACACCUGUUUAGUUGAUGGUCUUUUCAAGGCAGGCCAAUCAAAGGCUGCUUAUUAUUUUUAUAAAGAGAUGGAGCAAAAAAGCCGGUAUCUUGAUGUUAUUGCUUUUAAUGCUGCUCUAGAUGGAACCUCGAGGAGGGGAAAAUUGAUGAAGGUAAAUAAUCUGUUUUCCAUGAUGAGAAGCAAAAGCUUAUGCCCCAGUUUGCCUACGUAUAAUAUUUUGUUGCAUGGAUAUGCUAAGCAAAAAGACAUACGGACUUGCUCUAGUCUUUUUAAACUCAUGAUCAGUAGUGGUCUUUUGCCUGAUAGAUUAACAUCCCAUAGCCUUAUUCUUGGACUUUGCAAGACAGGCAUGUUGGAUGUUGGUAUUAAAAUCUUGAAGAAGAUGAUAUCUGAAGGUGUUGAAGUUGAUCGAUUUACAUUUAACAUGCUUAUCAGCAAGUGUUGUGAAAGAGGUGAUACUGGAAAGACCUUUGAUCUGGUUAAUGCUAUGAACUUUUUGGGGAUAUUUCCUGAUGCAGAGACCCUCAAUGCACUCGUUAUUGGGCUCAACAGAAAUCUUGCGCUCCAAGAAUCCCAUAUUGUUUUACAUGAAAUGGCUCACAAGGGUUACCUUCCCAAGGGAAAACAAUAUAUUACAUUGAUCAAUGCUAUGUGUAGAGCUAGGAAUUUGCAAGCAGCAUUGGAAUUGAAGGAUGAAAUGACAUCACUUGGUAUCACUUCUCCUGAUGUUGCUGAGAGUGCUAUUGUACGAGGACUUGCCCUAAGUGGGAAAGUUGAAGAAGCGAUAUUGGUUCUUGAUAGAAUGAUCCGGAAGCAACUUGUUCCAACCGUAGCUACAUUUACCACCCUUAUGCACAUGUUAUGCAAAGAGAGUAACAUUGCCGAGGCUCUAAAGUUACGGAAUAAAAUGCAACUGUGUGGUCUGAAACUUGAUGUUGUUGCUUACAAUGUCAUCAUUUCGGGCGUUUGUGCUAAUGGGGACUUAGCUGCUGCUUUUGAACUAUAUCAAGAGAUGAAACAAAAUGGUCUGUGGCCCAAUGCCACGACUUAUACUGUUCUAGUCGAUGCUCUUCUCAUCGAGGGUAGUAACCCUUCUACCGGUGAUGUGCUUUUAGAGGACUUAAAGGGUAGGGGAAUCAUAUCUUGUGAUUGGGAUGGAAGUACGGAACAGUUUCAGAAGGCAUUGAUAAUUGCCAAGAAAAGGUUUAAGUACUUGAAGCAGAAUAAGAGGAAAUGGCAUUGAAGACAAUCAGGAAUGUGAAACGAUGUUGUUGGUUGCUGAAAAUAUAGACCAGUUUUCUACAGAUCUUAUUGAUGAGCUUCAAACUUUUACUUCCCAACCAGUCGUGACAUUCUGAUUUUGUUCGUGUCAAGUCGUCUAUCUUUUGGUCAUUUAUGGACUAUUUUUCUAUCACAUUCAACUUAUACCUUAUAAGCUUUCUUGGGCAGGAUUCUUUUUCCUUUUAGGGAUCAUGAAGCCAGAAAGCAUAGGUAGACACUGAUUCACUUUUGUGUCAAAAUAGGACUGUGAACCAACGGAGAUACAUCAUAAGAAGACUGUGUUUGUCUCUUGCCAUUGAUAGCGUUGGAAAUAAAUAUGGAAGACACAAUCAUGCCGUUGCUGUAUGUGCAGGGACGAUGAAUUUCUGGUGAAUGCCCCACUAAUCGAUGUGGUGUUGAUUCUUUUCUUCAACAACAUAAUGCAAUGUUAUGGUUUUCAUGAGAACAAGGAUUCCUUGUAAUAAAGAUAGCGGGGGCAAGAGCCUGUUUGAUGAGUGAUGAAGCCUGCUCGUUUAGCAAGCUUAAUGAAUUGUGCUUGAUAAUGGAGGCAAAGUGUAUAUAGUGCAUGUAAAUUUGAUUGGUAGGUUAGAUUCUAUAGAUUUCCCAUGUUACAAAAUGUUGUAUGCUGUUCUUGGAAUAUAUGGUCACUGUAAAUAUUCUUAUUUGUAACAUGUUCUUUUGCUUUUCUGAUUUUAUUUGUUUUUCA